AUGGCGCCUGUCAGCUUACUCGACUGCCCGGACGAGCUCAUCGACCAUAUCGUCGAGCGCCUCCCGGGAAGUGCCAUCAAGGCUGUCCGCAAAAGCUGCAGGCGACUGAACCGAAUCGCGUCGCCAUGCCUUUUCCCUGUCUUGUAUCUCUCCUGCCACCAGCUUGAUCUCAACGUCUUUGAGAUGGUUUCAGAAAACCCUCUUCUCAUCGGUGGCGUUCGCGAACUGGUCAUCGACGACACCACCGUCCCUCUUCCGGACACCAUACCCGACUGGCGCAGCUACCAGAGAAUAGUCACCCUUCCCGAACACCCAGAGGGCCGACGUUCUCAUCUUCAGCUGUACCCCGGUGACACUCUCGAUCUUUAUUACAUGAGAGACGAACCCUCGAAAGUAGUCCCUACCAGAGAGGGAUGGGAACUCUUCAGAAUGACCGCCAUGUGGCAUCACGACAACCGCCUGGCUCACGCUGACGUCAAAGCACUGAAGGAAGCACUUCCCCAUUUCAAGAAACUCGAGCGCCUUGUUGUCUCCAACCGAAAUGCCAUCGAUGACUUCUCUGAGGGCGCCCAGAGUCGCGUUUCAGCAAGCCCUGUGGUGCGGAAGUGGAGGCGGUUUCAAGCGGAACACGGCCAGAUUGCUCCUCUUGCCCCGAGAUGCGAUUGGUAG